AUGGCAACUCCCGGCUCCGGCUUUUGGUCCUUCGGGUCUGAGGAUGGCUCCGGGGAUCCCGAGAAUCCCGGCACAGCGAGAGCCUGGUGCCAAGUGGCUCAGAAGUUCACGGGAGGCAUCGGCAACAAGCUGUGUGCCCUGCUUUAUGGGGACGCAGAGAAGCCAGCAGAGAGCGGUGGGAGCGGGCCCCCGCGAGCCGCCGCCAGAAAGGCCGCCUGCGCCUGCAACCAGAAACCCUGCAGCUGUCCCAAAGGGGAUGUCAACUACGCAUUUCUACAUGCAACAGAUCUGCUGCCAGCUUGUGAUGGAGAAAGGCCCACGUUGGCGUUUCUACAAGACGUUGUGGACAUUUUGCUUCAGUAUGUGGUGAAGAGUUUCGAUAGAUCAACCAAAGUGAUUGAUUUCCAUUAUCCUAAUGAGCUUCUUCAGGAGUACAAUUGGGAAUUGGCAGAUCAACCGCAAAAUUUGGAGGAAAUUUUGACGCAUUGCCAAACGACUCUAAAGUAUGCAAUUAAAACAGGGCAUCCCAGAUAUUUCAAUCAACUUUCCACCGGCUUGGAUAUGGUCGGAUUAGCAGCAGACUGGCUCACAUCAACCGCAAACACUAACAUGUUCACCUAUGAAAUUGCUCCAGUAUUUGUGCUUUUGGAAUAUGUCACGCUAAAGAAAAUGAGAGAAAUCAUUGGCUGGCCAGGAGGCUCUGGCGAUGGGAUAUUCUCUCCUGGUGGCGCCAUUUCGAACAUGUACGCCAUGAUGAUCGCACGGUUUAAGAUGUUCCCGGAAGUCAAGGAGAAAGGGAUGGCUGCUGUUCCCAGGCUCAUCGCCUUCACAUCGGAGCAUAGUCAUUUUUCUCUCAAGAAGGGAGCUGCAGCCUUAGGGAUUGGAACAGACAGCGUGAUUCUGAUUAAAUGUGAUGAGAGAGGGAAAAUGAUCCCAUCUGAUCUUGAAAGAAGAAUCCUUGAAGCCAAACAAAAUGGAUUUGUCCCUUUCCUCGUGAGUGCCACGGCCGGAACCACCGUGUAUGGAGCAUUUGAUCCCCUCUUGGCCAUCGCUGACAUUUGCAAAAAGUAUAAGAUCUGGAUGCACGUGGAUGCGGCUUGGGGCGGGGGAUUACUGAUGUCGCGGAAACACAAGUGGAAAGUGAGCGGCGUGGAGAGGGCCAAUUCCGUGACGUGGAAUCCACACAAGAUGAUGGGGGUCCCUCUGCAGUGCUCUGCUCUCCUGGUUAGAGAAGAGGGAUUGAUGCAGAAUUGCAACCAAAUGCAUGCCUCCUACCUCUUUCAGCAAGAUAAACAUUAUGACCUGUCCUACGACACCGGAGACAAGGCUUUACAGUGUGGACGCCAUGUCGACGUUUUUAAGUUAUGGCUGAUGUGGAGGGCAAAGGGAACUACUGGGUUUGAAGCUCAUGUUGAUAAGUGUUUGGAGCUGGCAGAGUAUUUAUACAAUAUCAUAAAAAACCGAGAAGGAUAUGAGAUGGUGUUUGAUGGGAAGCCUCAGCACACCAACGUCUGCUUCUGGUACAUACCUCCAAGUUUGCGGACUCUGGAAGACAACGAAGAGAGAAUGAGUCGCCUCUCAAAGGUGGCUCCAGUGAUUAAAGCCAGAAUGAUGGAGUAUGGAACCACCAUGGUCAGCUACCAACCCUUGGGAGACAAGGUCAAUUUCUUCCGCAUGGUCAUCUCAAACCCGGCCGCAACUCACCAAGACAUUGACUUCCUGAUUGAAGAAAUAGAACGCCUUGGACAAGACUUAUAA